AUGUAUCUGUUAGCAGUGAAUCUGUUCAGAAGAGAAUUGGCCGGAUUCCAAGAUAUUGAUGUUUAUAUCAUUAAUCCAAUUGUUUCGUUAGUGUUUAGACCUCGGAACUCCUUGCUUCCAAUGAUCUUAAAGGUUUGGGUGACUUUAUUUAAUCAGUAUGAUCAUCAUUCGAUACCUAACCGAAUAUUAAAAUUCAUUCAUACUAUACCUAGAGGAACAACAGUGAUGGACCAUGCUUUAGAUACUCUCUUCUACGUUAAUGACUUUAUAAAGUUACAAGAAGAAUACAACGCUUUAGUACAUGGAUUCUGGGGUGCAAUACCUGACCAAAGAAGACAUCAGCCUAGAUUGUAUAGUGGCAGAAGGAGACCACCAAUAGAAAAUAGAGAAGUGAUUAAUAAAAAUAAUAAUACACCUACAAGACACAACAAUAACAACAAUCAAAAUUCGCAGGUUCCACGAUCAGAUCCAUUGGCUCAAGAAAGCCAACCUCAACGUAUUGUUAGUUUUGACGAAGUCAUUCUUUCUACACCUAUUUCAGAUAUUCUUAAUAGUGAUAAAGAGGAUGUAAUUGAGGCUGAUGAGAUUCCAUUAAACCUUUCUGAUCCCCCUAACGUGGUCGAACAAAUUGAUAAAGUACUCGCACCUGCUAAGACGUAUGCGGGUACUUCAGGUCGAAACAUAGAUGGCCUUUCGAUUGAAAGAUCCAACACCUGGGGCGGUAACAAGAUUAAAUCACAAGUUCAAGGCGAACCAAGCGAUCGAGCUAAAUCACCAAUACCUUCAAGAUCCAUUUCACCUAGCAUCAAUAUUAUUCCACCUAGAGGAAGAUCUCCUAGACCUCAACUCCAAAAACAACAACUUCAAAAUUUAGAAGCUGCAGUGAAGGAAGUAAUUUCGGGAACAUUCCCACAUACUGCGCAUAGAAGAUCAAGUCUGCUUCAGCCGCCCACGGUUCUCAGACCAACUAAUGAGCAAUCUCUGCCUGAGCAAAGCAAUUUAGUCCAACCUGGAAGACUGGGACCAGGGACUUUUUCACCACCAAAUGGUAGGGUACGUCAUUUGCUGGAUUCACAUCCAGGUAUCCCAGUGCUGAUAGCUGCCCUUCGUUCUAAUGCUACUCAUACUACAUCUCCUCCGCCAGGAAAUGCUUCGCAAUAUCGAGUGAAUCCUUCGUCGCUUGGCAAAUUGUUUCCCAGAGGUUCUUCUUCAUUUAAGGUCAACUCUACUAAUAUUGGAAAAAGCUCAAGUAUGGACCAUAAUCACAGUAGUGGAUCUGCGAUCAUGGAUGAUUACUCCCACUCAGACACAGAGUUGCCGUAUCCAUCUCAUGAAUAUUUGAGAUAA